AUGAAUAUCUUAAAACAAAAAAAUAAUUUUUGUAUAACAUGUGGCACAACAGCAGGUAUGUUUACAUGUCGUGGUUGUUCAAAAAGUUUUUGUUUAACUCAUACAAAUCAACAUCGAGAAAUAGUUGAAAAACAAAUGAAUGAAAUAAUUCUUAAUCAUAAUUAUUUAAAACAACAAAUAAUUAAUGAAGAACCAAAUCAAUAUCAUCAAAUAUUAAUAGAACAAAUUGAUCAAUGGGAAAAAGAAUCAAUUAAUAAAAUUCAUCAUACAGCUAAUGAAAUUCGUCAACAAUUAAUAAAUAAAACUCGUGAAUAUCAUGAUAAUCUAAAAGAAAAAUUAACACCACUUACACAAGAAAUAACUAAAGCUCGACAUGAUGGAAAUUUUUUUGAAAAUGAUUUACAACAAUGGGCAUAUACAAUAAAAAAUUUACAAUAUUCAUUUCUUCAACAAGAAAAUAUUCAAAUAUCUAUAGAUAAUAAUACAAAUUCAUUUAUUUCAAAAAUUUCACUUACUAAUAAACUAAAUAAUAGUAUGAUAUCAUUAAUAAAUAAUAAUCAAAUUGAAAAUUCUAGAAAUUUUAAUUUAACAAAAGAAUAUUCAUCAGGUGAUCAUUUACUUCGUUUUCAACUUGAACUUUAUGAAACAAGUGAUUCCGUUAUAAUGGGAAUAAUAUCUACAAGUAAAUCAAAAAAUGUGAAUCCAGAUAAAAAUCCAACAUUUUAUGGUUGGUCAACUAAUAAUUUUGUUUAUUUACAUGGUAUUGCUUAUUCAAAUUUUAAUGGUUAUGAAAAUGAUAUAGAAAAAAAUGAUGUUUUUCAAUUACUUCUUGAUUGUGAUAAAAAAUUUAUUCGAUUAACAAAUGAACGUACACAUCAAAUACAUGAUUUGAGUAUUGAUAUUACUGAAUGCCCUUUUCCAUGGCAACCACAGAUUUAUAUUUCAAAUAAUGUUGAAUAA